UUGACUCAGUAUUGGUCCCCCCGUGCGAGUCUUCCCGCCCCUCCUCGCGGCUUCCGUUUCCGGUUCUGCGCCCACCUCCGCUGUAAGGAUGAUCGGAGACAUCCUGCUGUUUGGGACGCUGCUGAUGAACGCCGGCGCCGUGCUCAACUUCAAACUGAAAAAGAAAGACACGCAAGGCUUCGGGGAGGAGUCGAGGGAGCCCAGUACAGGAGACAACAUCCGGGAGUUCCUACUGAGCCUGAGGUACUUCCGGAUCUUCAUCGCCCUGUGGAAUGUGUUCAUGAUGCUGUGCAUGACUGUAGUGUUUGGCUCUUGAGAACCCAGAGCUCGCCUGCUGGAUGUCGAGGCUCCGUUUCUGUUUUGAUGACUUCAAGAAUGUUUCACCGGAAAACCAGGGACUUUCCCAGGGGGCUUGAGCUCAUCUGGAUGGAGAUUGUUCACUUCCCAGCCACCUGACCCUCAUCAGCUACUGUUCACCUAUGCUCGGGGGUUUCAGGACAAAGUCAUGAUCCCUUAGGAGGAAGACACACCUAAUCUUUCACUUGUCCUGGCAUCCCACCUCUCCCAGUGUCACCAGAAGCCUGUCCUGGGCUGUUUGGUUGACUUGUUAGUGAUUGCUUUGGUUUGACUUGACGGAUUGUUCUUAAUCAGUGAGAUAAGGCACCAGAUGCUGGGCUGGCUGUGACAGUGAGCCCCCUGUGCUGCACAGCAAGGUCCAUGCUGGUGGUCCUGACUGUGUGGGGCCAGCGAGGCCUUGCUUCCCAAAUGCUUACCCCCACCUCAUGACAGGUCUACCAGGGCAGCCCAAGUCACAUUAGGACUUGGAACAAGUCCCCCACCCCAAGGACACCAGCCUCCUCUUUGGACCCUAAGCUGUUAGCCACAAAGGGUCUUGGUGACAUGUUUGGCUCCUCUGGACGAGGCCUUGAGAAGAGUUGUUGGUGGUAACAAGUCAGCAGACAUCUUGCUGUGCUUUCCAGCCGGUUAUUAAUAAAGUGACUUUGGGGCCACCCCUCUAUCACUGCU